UUGCCAUCCUUAAACUAUUGAUUAAUAAUCCUUUUCCUCACACCAAUCCAAUCUAGCAUUCAUUCAAUUUCAGUCACACCAUAUAAGAGAAAAAAAAUAAGAAGACCGAACCAAAGGUUUUGCAUUUUUCUUCUUUUUUAUCAAAUUUUUCUGAAAUUACUAUACUAAGUACGAGGAACACAGAGACCAAAGUAUCAAGUAACAAUAGUUGAAACAAACACCAAAGUUAAUUUCAGAUCUCAAUUUUGCAUCAUAAAGUUUUGAUUUUUUUUCCCCUUUUCCUUCAAUUUAAGAUUUUGGGUCAAAGUUUUAUGGCUUCUUCUGGAAAUCCAAAUCAAAAUCAACAACAAACCCAAUUUGAUUUGCAAAAGCUUUUCAAAGGAACAACACAAACAAAUCAAAUUCCUUCAAAUUUGAACACUUCUCCAUCAUUUCCUUCACCUUCACUUUCUACACCCCCUCCUUCUUCUUACCCUACCCCCUCUUCUUCUUACCCUCCACCAACUGGUACAUACCCUUAUCAUCUCCCUUAUAAUAUCCCCUUUCCUGAAAACCCUCUUAUCCUUCAACAUCACCCUCAAAUGCAUGCACCUCAAACUCAAAGACCCAUUUUUCAAUCUCCUUCAUCUCCAAAUCCAAACACUACCUCUGGUGCAAGGUUAAUGGCUAUGUUGAACACUCAAAACCCUCCUUCAAAUCAAGAAACUUCAUCGGUUUCUUCAGAGUAUUCGGUGUCAGCAAAUCCUGUGGUGAGUUCAGGUUCUUCUACAGUGAAUGUUGCAAGUCCUCAGUCAACACCUGCAAGGAUGCUGAGUGCUAAGGUUCCAAAGGGUAGGCAUUUGAAAGGAGAGAAUGUUGUUUAUGAUAUUGACGUUAAGUUGCCAGGGGAAAUGCAGCCACAGCUUGAAGUUACUCCAAUUACUAAGUAUGCAUCUGAUCCUGGUCUUGUGCUUGGGAGACAAAUUGCUGUGAAUAGAUCUUAUAUUUGCUAUGGACUCAAACUCGGGGCUAUUCGCGUUCUUAAUAUCAAUACUGCAUUGAGAUAUUUGCUUCGAGGUCAUACUCAGAGAGUAUCAGACAUGGCUUUCUUCGCAGAGGAUGUUCACUUGUUAGCCAGUGCUAGUACUGAUGGGAGAAUUUUCAUAUGGAAAAUCAAUGAGGGACCUGAUGAGGAAGACAAGCCUCAAAUUACUGGAAGAGUUAUCCUGGCCAUUCAAAUACUAGGAGAGAGUGAGUCAGUUCAUCCACGAGUAUGCUGGCAUCCUCAUAAACAAGAGAUUUUAAUUGUUGCUAUUGGAAACCGUAUCCUUAAAAUCGACACAAUGAAAGCUGGAAAAGGUGAAACCUAUUCUGCAGAGGAGCCUCUCAAAUGUAACAUUGAUAAGUUGAUUGACGGGGUGCACCUUAUUGGUAAACAUGAUGACAACAUCACUGAGUUGUCAAUGUGCCAAUGGAUGAAGAGUCGAUUAGCUUCAGCAUCAGCAGAUGGCACGGUGAAGAUAUGGGAAGAACGUAAGGCGACACCACUUGCUGUUUUAAGACCACAUGAUGGUAAACCUGUUAAUUCUGUGACGUUCUUGACUGCUCCACACCGUCCGGAUCACAUCGUUCUUGUCACAGCGGGACCACUAAAUCAGGAAGUGAAGAUAUGGGUAUCCGGUUACGAGGAAGGUUGGUUAUUGCCUAGUGAUUCCGAGUCAUGGAUUUGUGUUCAAACUUUGGAUAUAAGAAGUUCUUCUGAAGCCAACCCUGAUGAAGCAUUCUUUAAUCAAGUUGUAGCGUUGCCUCGUGCUGGUUUGGUUCUGCUAGCAAAUGCCAAGAAAAACACAAUAUAUGCUGUGCACAUAGAAUAUGGACCCAAUCCAACUGCUACUCGUAUGGAUUAUAUUUCCGAGUUCAUAGUCACAAUGCCUAUAUUAAGCCUUAUUGGAACUAGUGAUAGUUUACCGGAUGGAGACCAUCUUGUGCAGAUAUAUUGUGUUCAAACACAAGCUAUUCAACAGUACGGACUCAAUUUGUCACAAUGUUUGCCUCCGCCUCUAGACAAUAUUGAACUUGAAAAAACAGAACCGAGUGUAUCCCGUGCUUGGGAUGGAUCUGCUGAUCUGGAAACUGUUAACAUGCCACAAGUUCCUUUGAGCUCUUCUGAAAGUGCUGUGAAUUUGUCUUCUUCAAAUAUUCAUGGUCCGCCUGAAGCUUUUGUAUCAGAUAAUAAGAUCAAGCCAAAUGAUUUACCUUCUCAUAAUAGUUUUGAAUAUGUCCACGCUGCUCCACCCCCACUCCCUCCGAGUCCAAGAUUGUCUCGCAAGUUAUCUGCUUCCAAAAGUUCUUCUAAUAUUUUAGCAACCAGCUCAGCUAGCACUGGUGAUCACAAAAAUGAGCCAGCAAAUCUUGAUCCCUCUGUAGAAGAAAGAAUAAAAUCUGAAAAAGAUAAUGUGGCGGAUGUGCCUGUAUCGGGCGACAAUUUGCAAGAAAGUGACAAAGUUGUACAAACUGAUGUUUCUGUUGUUUCUGAUUCCCCUAUAACAUUUAAACACCCAACCCAUUUGGUAACUCCAUCCGAGAUAUUCUCUAAAGCUGCCCUAUCUCCUGCUAAUUCCAAUAUCUCUGAAGGUGUUGCUGCACAUAGUGAUGCAGAAAAGUUUGAAGUAGAAGUUAAAGUGGUAGAUGAGAUUGAGACAGGUUCUAAUCAAGAAAACACCGAGCAUGACAGAGACAGAGGCUCACAUACCGAUGCCGCUAAGAAGAAAGAGAAGUUAUUCCAUUCCCAGGCUUCAGAUCUUGGCAUUCGGAUGGCCAGAGAUGCCUAUAAUAUCGAGAGAGUUCAUCAGGCUGAUAAAGACACCUAUAAUACUGAGGGAGUUCGUCAAGCUGAUCGAGACAUCUAUAAUAUCGAGGGAGAUCUUCAAGCUGAUAAUACUAAUACUAUUGAUGCUUCUGAAAAUAAUCGUGCAUCGAUUGAGGGAGAAGUUCAAGACACGAGUAAGGAGGUACCUGAAAACAUAAGAGAACCAGAAGUUGUGGCUGCAACUUUGCCGUCCCCAGCACCUUCCACGAAAGGUAAAAAACAGAAAGGUAAAGGUUCUCAAGUGUCUGGUACACCUGCUUCUCCCAGCCCUUUUAACUCAGCGGAUUCAUCAAAGGAUCAAGGUGGAAAUCCAGCAGGCUCGUCCAUGGAGUCUGCUUUACCACAAUUAUCUACUAUACAAGAUAUGAUGGGCCAGCUAUUAAACAUGCAAAAAGAAAUGCAAAAGCAGAUGAAUGCAAUGGUUUCCGUUCCAGUUACUAAGGAAGGCAAAAGAUUAGAAGGGUCAUUGGGUCGAAGCAUGGAGAAGGUAGUGAAGGCUAACACUGAUGCUUUGUGGGCUCACAUACAAGAAGAAAAUGCUAAGCAAGAGAAAUUAGAGCAAGACCAUGUGCAGCAAAUAACAAAUUUGAUCUCCAAUUACAUAAACAAGGAUAUGUCAUCUCUAUUGGAGAAAAUCAUUAAGAAGGAAAUAUCUUCAAUUGGAACAACCAUUACCCGUUCACUUAGUCAAAAUAUGGAAAAAGCAAUAUCAACAGCUGUUACCGAGUCAUUCCAGAAGGGGGUCGGAGACAAAGCAUUGAAUCAACUAGAAAAGUCAGUUAGUUCAAAACUUGAAGCUACAGUGGCUAGGCAGAUACAAGCACAAUUUCAAACUACCGGCAAGCAGGCUCUUCAGGAAGCACUUAAGACUAGUGUGGAAGCUACAUUAGUUCCUGCCUUUGAGAAGUCUUGCAGAGUUAUGUUUGAGCAAAUUGAUAGCACAUUUCAGAAUGGACUUUUGAACCACACAACUGCCAUUCAACAGCAGUAUGAUUCUACUCAUUCUCCGCUAGCUGCGACUUUGAGGGAAACGAUUAAUUCAGCAUCAUCGCUCACUCAAACUUUGAGUGGGCAAUUAGCUGAUGGCCAACGUAAACUGUUGGAAAUGGCAGCUAAUUCCAAAGUGGCUUCUGAUCCUUUUGUAACACAAAUCAACAAUGGCUUGCAUGAAAUGACCGAGGAUCCUACCAAAGAACUAUCAAGGUUAACAAGUGAGGGAAAAUUUGAGGAAGCAUUUACCGGAGCCCUUCAUAGAAGUGACGUUUCAAUAGUUUCUUGGUUAUGUUCUCAGGUUGAUUUAAGCAGUAUCCUGACAAUGGUGCCACUGCCAUUAAGCCAGGGAGUACUUUUAUCUCUUCUACAACAAUUAUCCUGUGACAUCAAUACAGAUACACCGAGAAAAUUGCAAUGGAUGACAGAUGUGGCUGCUGCUAUAAACCCAGAAGAUACUAGGAUUGCAGCGCAUGUGCGGCCAAUAUUGGAUCAAGUGUACCGAACACUAAGCCAUCAUCGUAGUUUACCAUCUAAUUCCCCUUCAGAAGCUAGCACAAUCCGCCUUCUCAUGCAUGUUAUAAACUCUGUGUUAAUGAGCUGUAAAUGAGUAUCAUCAUUGGUGUAUAGAUAGUUUGGAGGGGGAUGAAGUGAACUACUGUGUGUAGUUUCCUUUGUACAACUGAUUUGUGUGGAUUAGUUUCUCUUUCAUCUUCACAUACAAGGAAAAGUAUGACAUCCUCAUACGAAGAAGUUAAAUCACAUUGGUUUCAAAACUGCAAUCGGAAUAAAAACUGAAUCAAGGGUUGCAAGCAGUUGAGGAUUGGAGUGGCUCCACCAAGUAGUCAAGUGCUUAACUAGCAGUUAUGGCAGGAUAAGCUUUUGUGCGGGUUUUUGUGCUGCUUCUGAUACUAUAAAGCUCUCACCACGACACGACAGUGUUCAGAGAAAGGUCAGAAUCGUUAUAGAUCUGUUAUAUUCAACGUUAUUGUGAAAUGGACAUUGGGAGGUUGGUUGGCUUCAGAAGCAGUGUUGUGUGUGGGUUGGCUCUCUGGUGUCUUAAAUGUAUUAAAAUUUGCAGUCAUUAAUAAUGAAAUGAGAGCCUCCCAUUUAUGUAAACUUUAUUACACUCAAUGUAGCAAUUUAGAUUGAAGGUCUUCUUCCUGGAUUUUCCUGUUAAUGCUGCAGGAUUGAAAGUCAGCAUUUUAGACUUUUGCUAGAGAUUAAGAUGCAGUUUGGAUUAGUUUUGUUUAUCUUCAAGAGUCUCAAUUGAAAUAACUUGAUGAAUUUUCACUUAUAAAAAAGUUUGUUGAUGUUUAUGAAAAA